GAAGAUUCUAUAUGUAUGUUUCUUAGUGUAACAGCACAUCAAUGCCUACAAAAUGUGAAAUUACAAUUAAAGUCGGGUGGGGGAGAAACUUGUAGUUGUAACCGGCUGCUUGAACUUUAUGACGUCAUGCACACACAACAGAUCCGUGUCUUUUUAACAAGUCCCGAAUGGCUGUUGAUAUUGCUUGCAUCACUGAGCGUGACGUUGGUAAUCUUUGUGUUUAUCGUGAGUUAUUAUGUGUUAAAGCAUUGGUGCAGAACCCACAAGUACGACAAAAUUCGACCGCCUAAAAACUCUCGAUAUGUUCCGGGAAAAACAACUGCGUACUUCCAAGGAAACAAUGAGGCAUAUUACUCUUUUCUUCCGGUGACACACCCUACUACAAUACAGAGUAACACACCGUUAGUGAGAGCAUCAUUUAAACAGCGAUCAGGACCGAGUUCAAUCACCUCGCAGAACGCUUCGCAUUAUGGUAGACAAAAACUGUCCACAUUCGAACGAAAACAUCACAAUACACAGCAAACUGAUUUGAACCGAUGCAUCAGUAUGGAUGAUCGCUUGUUUCGGAGAUCGUUAGCGUAUGAUAAAACAGACAGUCCACCGGAAGAAAGUAUAGCUAGCAGUCGAAGAGAUAGCUUUAACGAUGCUUCCUCCAUCUAUAUAGAGAACACGCCAGAGCGAUCCCAAUCUGCGUACGUGCAUGCGCAUUUAAUGAACGACAGUGAGGCCACGGAUGUCAUGUCUGAACCUGUCGUGAGUUAUGAUCAGGAGCACUACUCAAUUGGAAGGAUUGAAUCGCCUGGUAUGUUGAGUUUCACGUUGGAAUACAUCCCGUCAGUACCAGAAUUACUAAUUACCGUGAAAAAUGGAAUUGAUCUGCCGUCGGCGACCGGAAACGCAGAAGGACGUGUGAACAGUUACGUCAACUUGUGCAUCGUUCCAGAGGAUUUCCUAUGGAAACGCACGCGGGUGGUGGAAAACGACCGCGAUCCAGUGUAUGCCGAAACGUUUCAAAUCCGUGACGUGUUGUACCACAAACUGAGAGAAUAUACACUUUGCUUUUACGUCAUGGACUGUCAUCCGGUUAUGGGAGAACGCGUAAUUGGGAAAAUAUUGUACCCUCUGUCCGAUUUAAGAGCAGAGCAGCUAGUCGAUGUGUGCAAAGGAUUAUCCCCUCCAUAAAAAAACUCAUAUUUAUAAUAAAAAUAUUUCAUUGUCGCAAAAUUAAAUUUCAAAUCUUUAAUUAUUUAUGUCUGCAGUUUGUAAAUGUGUUACUGAGUGCAUGUGUAUAUAUGUUUGUUGUUCUCUCACAGUGGUAAAAAUGUUAUAGAAAAAUAUAUAGUUAUGUUUCA